AUGAGAGUCGAGAGCGACGACGCAUGGACUGGGCCGUGGCAGCUGCAUGACGGCGACCAGGCAGUGGCCUGCGACUUGACGCUCGAGGCCGCGCGCGCUCAGCAGGCCCAGGAUCAACUACUCUGGCUGCAGCAGCAGCAGCAGCAGCAGCAGCAGCGCCGUAUGGGCCACGCCGGCGCCCACGGCGCGCCGAAAGCCCGCGCUAUGGGUGACGCCGCGCAGCCAUGGCAGCAGCCGCGCGCCGCCCCCGCGUCGCGCGCCGCCUCAGCCGCCGCCGCGGGCCUCUACCGCCCAGGGUGGCGGAUGGCGGCGCCGUCUCCGCCGCCGCGGCAGCUGCCGUUUGCGCCGACGCAUCAUCUCUCCAGCGACGGCUGGAGCGACACGCAGGCCACGGAAGACCUGCAGCCGCACCAACUGGCGGCUGAAGACCGUGAGGAGGAUCUUGUGCAGCAGUGGGACCAGGACUGGCCGGGCAGGCGCCACGGGCGCCAGCGGGCGCGCGAGGAGCAGCAGGCCGCUGCGAAGGGCCUGCUGCCGGGCGGCAAGGCCGGCGCGGACGCCGAGCUUCAGCAGCAGCAAAGCGCCAGGACCGACGCGCUGCGCUACUGGCAGCGGCAGCAGGAGCAGCAGCUGCAGCAGCAGCAGCAGCAGCAGCAGCAGCAGCAGCAGCAGCAGCAGCAGCACCACAACGCGGCACGGCGCGGAGAGCGCGGCCGAGAGCGCCCCGCGGCCACCGGCACGGCGGCCCUGCGGCGCAUCCAUGAGCACUGGCAGCCGGCGGGCGGCGACGAGAUGUGGCAUGACGGCGGCGCCGCCGACGAAUACGAGCAUGGCGGCCUCAACCAGCUGCGGCAGAUGCACCAGCCGCGGCGGCAGGCCCCGUCUGGCCAGGCUCCGCGCGGCGUAGGCGGCAACUUUGCCGCCGCCCAACAACAGCUGCAGCAGCUAGUGCAGCAGCAGCCGCAGCUGCAGCCGCAGUAUCGCCAAUGGCAACCUCAGGAGCCGCAGCCGCAGCAGCCGCAACGGCAGGAGCCGCAGCUGCAGCCGCUGCAACUGCCGCAGCCACAGCUGCAAGUGCCGCCGCAGCAGCUGCAGCAGCCGCAGCAGCGGCCGCAGACGCAGCUGCCGCAGGUGCAGCUGCGGCAGGUGCAGCUGCGGCCGGUGCAGCUCCCGCAGGCGCAGCCCCCACAGACGCUGCUGUCGCAGACGCUGCCCCCGCAGGCGCAGGUGCAGCAGCCGCAGCUGCCACCGCAGCCACCACAGCCGCAGCUGCCGCCGCAGCUGCCGCAGUUGCCACUGCCAAGGGGCGCAGGAGCUGAGGAGCCCGCAAAAGAGGAGCCCCAGCCGAUGCAGCAGCCUGAUCAGAUGCU